GUAAAGUCGUUUUUUUUUUUAAAUUUCCACUCGAAAGUAAUUUAUUUGGCCGGUGUGUCACAUUUACGAGUUUUCGAUGAGCACCUGAAGGCAGCAAAGUUUAACCAAGUUUGGAAACUUCCGCAUCUCCGCCUGAAAACUGCGAAUAAACUGCAGAGUUCCCUCUGAGCUCCUGUGACCUCUGACCUCUGCCAUGACGUCCACGUCCAUCGCCACGCUCGGUGGGGUGGUGGUCGUCACUCAGGUCAUUCCCCAGGAUGAGAAAGCCAUCCCGCUCCAGACUCCUGCCACCGCCCCACAGGCCCCGCCCCCAGCCACGAAGGCCCCGCCCCCAUCUCCCGCAAAGAUGAACGACAUGACGAGGACCUUCCUGAGGGGCGAGCCGCUGGGCCUCGGGGUUGUUCAGAUCUCCGUCGGCCUGCUCUGCAUUCUGUUCAGUCUGACCGCCGCCUACUCUCCGAUCCUGAUGGUCCACGCUCCGCUCUGCCUCGCUGUCGCUUUCGUGGUCUCCGGCUCUCUGGCCGUGGCGGCGGCGAGACGGACUUCAGUCACACUGGUCUGGGCGUCUCUGGUGUGGAACCUGAUCAGCGUCGUGCUCGGCCUGGUGGGCGUGGCUUAUGUCUGCUGGCUGCUGGCCGAUCGCCCCCCCUCUGAACGGUUCUGUGGUACCAAGACCGUCGGGCAGUUCGUGAGCACUAAUUACGAGUGCAUCAACACGAUCUGGAUACUGAAUGUGUGCGUGUACGGACUCCUCGGUCUCGUCCUGGUUCUGCUCGUCCUGCAGGUUUGUGUCGCCGUCACUGUCUGCGUUUUCUCUGGCAAAGCCAUCAGACGCCGCGACCGCCGCCCCCCCAUCACGGUGGAGGUCCAUGAUGGCAGCGCUCUGCUGUCCGGUGCAGCGUCGCAGCUCGGCAGCGACGUCGACCUGUUGGACAGCGAAGACUAGCAAACCUCCACAUCGCCUCCAAACUCACCGUGAGCGAGGAGGACAAAACCUCUGAAUGCCACUAGUAUACUGCAGUAAUACCACAGUAAUACUGCAGUAAUACCACAGUAAUACUGCAGUAAUACUACAGUAAUACUGCAGUAAUACUACAGUAAUACUGCAGCAGAGUACAUCAUAUUCUGACUCUGGCUGUCUUUCUAAUCUGUAAUCAUCUUUCCAGCAGUUUCUCUCUCUCUGCUCGCCAUCUGUCCAUUUCUGCUGCUUUGUCACUUUGACAGGGGUCACACGGUCAUCGUGUGACGCUGCAUUGUGGGUAAUGUAGGGGUUAAUCUGCUAAAGUUGUGAUUGUGUUUAAAUAUGGAGCAGAUGAUACAGACUCUAGUCUUGUGUUUUAUUUCAAGAACUGGAACUGUAAUGCACAGUCAGCCGUCAACAGAGAGGGCAAACUGAAUGAUGACGCUUUGCAAACAGCAGGAAUCUGAGUUUAAAGAUGGAUGUUUUGCUCAAAUAACUGAAACUUAAUACAUUUUAUUUUCAUGCCCGAAUUCAUCAGAAGACACUAAAAGUAAAGAGUGACUUCUUGAAAGCUUUUCACAGGUUAUCUAAUGUUUGUCCCAAGCCAAGGCAAAAUUAAACAGACACAUUCUUGAAGGGAGUCUGGUGACUUUGCGCCAGUAUCACAAAUGAGCAUAUUUACAGUAACUGUUCAAUAGGUGUGUGAAUUUAGAAGAGUUGGAAAUGACCUUCAAGUCGUUAUCCAUCAUGAAUUUAGUUAAGUCGGGUAAAAAAACAAAUCCUUCUUCUUAUGAAGCUACAAUAAAAGCAAGCAAAGGCAGAGAUAACGUGCUCUAAACCAAACUCUACCAGAAUUGUCACAAAAGCAAUUGCUGCGGUACUUGGGCACACAGCAUUUCUAAAACACAUUUACCAACAAAAACAAAGGUAUUACGGUAUUUUAACGAAGCUUAGUCGAGAUUAAUCUGCCACAGGGACGCAGCCGACUGCUGGCUUCAGGUCUGGUUCCUCGGGUCUGCAGGAGCCCAGCAGAGGGCACACAUCAGACCGGUCCCAGUGGGAAAGGAAUAUAGUACAAAUUAAACAAUAUUAAUAAAAAUUGAAUAAGAAAUAACAUCAUAUGGAUUUACAGUGAUAAUGAAGUGUGAUCGUUGACACUGUAUAAUAGAUAAUGAGUUCAUGUCUGUAAAUUAUAUGAAGUCACUUUAUGACCCUGGGAGUGGAAUCCGGCCCGGUCUGUUCAUUGUGACAGCAGUUACUUGCCUUUUUCCAUAGAACCUGUAGUGAUGCUGGAAUCAGACCACACAGAGCUCCGAUUGGUCGAGAUAAAACGUGCAGUCUGUCGCGUCUCCGAGCCAGAGGUGUUCAGACACACCUCAGGAGGAUUUCAUGGUGCUUUCAAACACGCGGUGACUGACUGAGUCAAAACUCAGAUCUGAACACACAUUUUUAGAUCGAUCGUCUCUGAGUAAACCUCAUGAAUCAGCUGAGACGCCAGAGCAGAAAGCGGCUGCAGAACCUGCCUGAGAAUCCUGCUGUUUCUAAGUUUCCUUCAGUCUCGCAGUGAUCCAGAGACAGCUGUCUGUCCGUCCACGGGUCCACUGCAGACAGGAGCUGCUGACUGCUGGUUCGGCUGCUCUGAUGGCGGGGAAGUUAAAGUUAGUCUCACUUAAUUUUACUGAUUUGAACACUUGCGUAUGCUCUGAUAUGGUGUUUUCACCUGAAAGGUGGCAGAAAUCAGUGUGCACUUCACUGAGUAACUAAACCACAGUGAGAGCUUUUCUUAGCGACAGAAAUGAAAAGUCAGAUGUGAUGGAUGAAAAUGUGUAAACGUUCCAGUAGCCGAGAUGAAAGUGUUUGCGCUCUGAGAGGCUUCUCCUGUGUCUUUGUUCCUCUAAGCGUUUCUGUUUGUACACAACGGUGAUUCAAUAAACUGAAGCUUUUUCUCACUGAAGAAACAUCA